UCCAAAGUUCGAUCAUUGUGGAGUCUCCCUCCCAUCGACAGGUUACAGUCGCCUUGCCUUGGAUCAAUUCUGCUGCCAGCCUCGGACUUCUGAACAGUCGAUCCACAGUACGCGCUGUCUCGAAUGCAGCUGUCCACGUGCAUCACAACAUGCUAUCACAAACUCGGGCUCUUUCGGUUUAUCCUCGAGUCCUUCAUCAAUUCUUUGCCGUGCGACACCCUUCAUCCGGACGACAGAUUCGGUACUGCAGAAAGGCACCAUAAAGUAGGAUUCACCAAGAAAUAAGGGCGAAUCCAAGUCUCAGCUCUCUUUGGUCGAACGGACCAAGUCGCCCACCUAUGUUUGGCACUUCGUCUUCGUCUGAUCAGGCGGCAUCCGUAAAGGCAUAACGGCAAUGUGUCAAAAUUCCCUCUCCGCCGGCAGCUUCCGAGGUUCCUGAACGCUUGCUUUUCCCUUUGCCUAAAGCGGGUUGAGAAAACCAUCGGGCCAGGACGACAGGCAAAUUCUCGAUCAGCGGGCGGCAACGAGAUCUCUGUUUCUCUGGACACGGGUAUUUAAGACCUGUGUUACCGCGACCAUGGUGCCCAGUGAAAAAUCACAUUCCGCUCUUUCCACACUUUCAUGGGAGAUGUGCCAUUGGAUGAGAUAGGGCUCGUCUCCCUGAUAAUCGAGACGUUUCUGAUGGGCAUAUUCACCACGAUGUUCGCGACCGUGCUGCGGCUCAUCGUCACCAAAGCCAUCCCCAGCCAAAAAACAGCGAGACUCGUCCUGCCAACUAUAACGCUCAUAUGGUUGCUUGCGGUAUCGCACUGGAUAUUGGAUAUCUCGCGCGCCGAGACGGCUUUCAUGCAUCAACCGAAUGCUGCUGUGUUUUUCGCAAACGUCUCCUCUCCAGUCGAAGUCGCGAAGGUCGUGCUUUACGUCACUGCGACGCUCAUCGGUGACUGGUUUAUGAUUUACCGCUCUUAUAAGAUCUGGCAGAGUUCUCUCCCCAUCGUAGCUCUUCCCAUUGUUUUGUGGAUCGGUUCGAUCGUAUCUGGAUACGGCGGGGCAUAUGCGACGCACGCCACGAAACAAGGCACAGAACUGUCGCCCGUGGUGGUCUGGAUUCCGACUUUCAUCGCCCUCUCGUUGGCAACCAAUGGAUAUUGCACCAUACUCAUCGCCUACCGGAUCCUCCGCUCUCAAUUCGCCGUCCGCAAGAUGAAUGCAGUGAACAGUCGGAUGACGUCGCUCGUGCCAGAGCAGGUCGUCUUCCUCGAAUCCGCUGCGCUGUAUUCCGCGGAGCUGAUAGCCCUGCUCGUCACCCAUCAGCUCGAAGUCAAUGUGCAAUACGUCGUGCUAGAUGCCACAUGCAGCUUACUAGGGAUCACAUUCAGCAUGAUCAUCCUACCGGUCACGGGCGCUAAGCAGGGCUCGGAGUUGAGCGGCAGCGGCCGUCCGGCGGCGCCCCGGAUAGAGGGUGUGAAUGUGUCGAGACUAGUCGAGGUGACGACGGACAAUGUGCAUCAGAUGGACUCUUUUGAUCGCGUAAAGGUCGACGCGAGUGCGUAGUAGAUGUGUGUAGCAGAAUCUGUACAGGUGUGUAGAUUGUGCUUGGAUCUAUCUUUAUUAUUUAUUGUCACAACUUAAAAGCUAAAGAUGGCUUCGAGUUUCGUUUUGAUCAGACUGCAGGAGAC